AUGCCCUCUGACCUUACCUCUUUUACUUUAACAUAUGCUGUUCUUGCGGAGUCUCCACACACAAACCGGUAUGCUUAUGGAAACAGUGAUGACCUGGACUGGGAUCCAAAAGACACUGCAGAUGCAUCUGAACACACAUUCUCAUCUAGGAAAGAGAAAGAUCCGUCCUGUAAGGCAGUUCUUCUGGCUGUCCUUAGUAUCUCUCUGCUAGUGGCUCUGUGUGUUCUGGGAAUUCUCUAUUCCAAACUACUGAGGUCGUCUGAUUUGUUAAAAGAGCAGAGCAGAAAUGCUGCAGUCGACAUUGAAAUACAGGAGCAGAACGCCACAGACGGAACAUUUGGGAGGAGAAAGUACUACUAUUUCUCUUCAGAAAAACUAAACUGGAUGGAAAGUCGAGAUUACUGUAUGAAAACAGGAGGUCAGCUGGUCACAAUUACAGGCAAAGAUGAUCAGAAUAAUUUGGCCUCAAAGCUGAAUGAGCCGCAUUGGAUUGGACUACAUGAUUUGUACACUGAAGGACACUGGAUGUGGGUGGACAACACAACUCUCUCAGGAGAAGCGUUCUGGCAUAAAAGGACAACUGGUCUGUCUGAACCUGAUAACUGGACACAGGAGGACUCAGAUGGAGAAGACUGUGCUUGUCUGGAAAGUGAAUGGUUUGAUGCUUCAUGCUCACAACUAAAAAUGUUUAUCUGUGAAAAGUAAAAUUGAUAGCAUGGUGCACUAUAUCAACACACACACAUAUACACACACAUCAUUCAAAAGAUUGGGAUCAAUACGAUUUCUUUCUACAGACAUUAAAACCUUUACUUAGGAAGAAUGCAUUAAAUUGAUCAAAAGUGACAUUAAAGGCUUUUUAUAUUGUUACAAAAACGAACUUUCUAUUCAUCAAAGAAUCAUGAAAAACUGUACCAAAGUUUCCACAAAAAUAUGAAGUGGCACAACUGUUUCUUGAGCAGCAUAUUAGAAUGAUUUCUGACAUAAACUGAGUGUGAACUAACUCCAGGGUAAGGCUAAAAGCAGCCAAAUGUAUUAAACAUCAUAAACCCAUCUUUUUAGGCAAGAAUCAGACAUGGGUUUCAUGUAGGGUAAUAAAAUGUGUUUAA